GGCAGGAAGGUUAAUUCGACAUCGUCUUGUUAGGAACUGUUUCAUAAGCUUCUUGUAGAGAAGAGAGAGAGAGAGAGAAGCAUGGAGGGACUCACAGAUGAAGAAAGAAGGGCUCUUCGUGGUAGCAAAUUCGCUCCUCUUCCUCCUUCUGCUUCCUCUCCUUCCCGAUCCAAACCCAAACCCAGGUUACCUCACCCCGGUGGGCCAUUGACAACAAACAAGGCUGCGGCUUUGGCAAAGUUCCUUGAAAGAAAACUCCAGGAGCCUAAUGGAUUGGCUUCUAUAAAGCCCGAACUUGUUGAACUGGCUGUCAAAAAUGCAAAGGAUACUGUAAAUGCUAGUGGGGCUUCACAUUUAGGAAGAAUAGUUCGACAUGUAGACUCUUUUGGCGACUCUGAGGAUUCUUUGGAAGAUGGAGGUGAAAAAAUUGAGUCAAAGAAACACAAGAAGAAGAAGAAGAAGAAAAAGAAAGAUAAGGGGAAAAACAAAAAACAAAAGUCAUCAAAGGACACUGCAGAUGCUGUAGUGAAAUGGCCUAAAAAGAAGCUGAAAUUGUGAUGCAAAUAGAAUUUCGAUUCCAACUGUUUGUCUAAGGACAUAUUGAAGGGUUUACAAACUAGGUUUAUCAGAACAUCUACUUUCGCUUUUGAUUUUGUCAAAUUGAUUAGGUGGUUUCUGAUUAGAACAGGCACUAUUCCGAUGAAUUUUCAUAGAUUUUUUUUUUUACAAUUAGUUUUUUCAAUUUUGUUUUUUUUAGAAUUUAUUUGAUGUCAAUGAUUCAAAGCCCUAAUGAUUAAAUUCCUGAGUUGUGCAAUUCAAUCAAUUCUUCUUAUGCUUUUGAAAGUGAAUUUGUACAUUGAAACUUCUUGCAAUGUUUUCAUACGGUGUUUUGGUUGA